AGCGUUGACCACAAAACACCUUUUUUUGUCAAAAGACCGACCAUUUAUGUGAGGUGAGACGGCUAUUCUCUUGCUCUGUCGUCCUCUCCGCCCUUCCACGGCUGAACUUGCUUUCGCCUGACGUGCUGCGCUCAUCGGUGCACCUACCUCUGCAAUGGAACGCGGCAACAAACGAAGGCGGAGCAGAUCAGCCGAUGCAGCACUUGUUGGUCGCGACGACGACACAAAUGCUGCGGCGUUGACGUCCCCUCUUCAUCGGCCAAAAGAUAACGAGUGUUGUAGUUUUUCAGUUUCUCCGUCCACGUCGUUAGAGCAGGCAGGCGGCGAUUAUGCGACGGUUGUAGAACGAAGUGCUGCGCUGCUGACAAGGUUAAAGCAGAAGCACGGACAAAGCAGCGCGAUGUCCUCUAGUAUGAAGGCAGAGAUGACGGUCGCGGAGACUGAGCCGCUGACGUUGCCGUGCACAUUCGAGCGUUCUCAUCACUGCUCACCGCCUCCCGCCUUUCAUGCCACCGCACUGGACAAGGUGUUCUCGUUGCUAAGUCAAGAUCCAGUGUCGGCGCAGACGGCUCCACCUCAUCACCGCGAGGUGGCCACGCAAACGGGAAGUUUGCUACCCCUUGACACACAAAAAGAGCGUUUAUCCAGCGAGUUGAGCGCCUUUUUUACUUUGUUGCAUGUUUUUUUCGCGUGAGGUUGAGGGACAACACACGCAAAGCCAGCGCACUCAAGUGGAAGGCAUUCAGAAUCACAUUUUCGCGAAAGCCAAGAUUGUACUUUUUCCCUCUUUUCUGCCGUCUGCAUCGUUUGCGUUGGGCUCCUUUGCUCAGUUCAUUUUUCUGCUAUUCAUUGGGCAAUGCGCACGUAAGUGAAAACAAGUUUUUUGUUAACGGGUGAGAAGCACUUGGGGAAUAUCGCGACGACCUCAAGUUAGGCGUUGGGAGGUCAACGAAUAUACAUAUGAACAUCUGUGUGCAUAGCCUCUGCAAUCUCACGACAUCAACAGCAACAGAAAAGAAGUCAGAAGACUUCCACAUAGCCUCUUCGUUUUUCUUCCAUGCGAUGACACGUUCACGCGCAUUCGGCGUGCGCCUGGAUUAUUUUUCAACCCCUUUGUGGAUUUCACCUUUCCAUAUCCUGCUGCUUCAAUUCCGGUCCAUCUUUAUCUUAUCUUUUCUAUUUGCCAAGCUAGAUUCAUUCACAUAUUGCUGUUUGUUUCUUUCUUUUCUUCUCAUAUCCAAUCAUUCCGACUUCGUCGGAGUUUCAAAAAAGCAAAGUGUUCUCGUUUUCUAUUAUUCACCUCUCCAAAAAAGUGUCCGUCCCUCUUCCGUUUCUGCAGCGUGAAAUCAUGAAGGCGCUUCACCUCUAUCAUUACAGUGGCCAGGAGGCAGAUCAGCGCUACAACCUGGCGACCCCGCGCAACCUCUUCGUGCAGCGCGUUCCGCUCAUCGACGGCGGUGAUGCCGUCGCGAAGAUGGAGGAAAUCCGCAACUACGUGCACAACACGAUGGAGCUGUACGAGAAAGUUUUCGAGUGCCUCGCCUACGAGGAGUCCUUUCUUGUGCAGCCCAUUCAUAAGCUUCGCCACCCGAUGAUUUUCUACUAUGGUCACACUGCCGCCUUCUAUAUCAACAAACUUUGUGUGGCCGGCCUGACAGAGCGCAUUAACCCGAAACUCGAGGAGAUGUGCGCCAUCGGCGUGGAUGAGAUGAGCUGGGACGACCUCAACGUGGAGCACUACUCCUGGCCCAAGGUGGAGGAGGUGUGUGAGUACCGCCGUCUGGUGCGCGACCGCGUUGACGAGCUCAUGUCGAGCGGCAAAUUUCCGUUGGCGAUGCCGUUGACGCUGGCGAACAGCACCAUGAAUGACGCCAACGCGUUCUGGUGGGUGAUGCUGAUGAGUGCCGAGCACGAGCGCAUCCAUAUCGAGACGGCCUCGGUGCAUGUUCGCGAGCUGCCCAUGAAGUUCGUUUCGACGCACAUGUCUGACUUUUGGCAGCGCUGCCCGGAGUCAAACACGCGCGCCCCGGUCAACGAGCUGGUUUCCAUUGAGGGUGGCAAGGUGCAGGUGGGCCGCCCGCCUGACUCGAACAUAUACGGGUGGGACUGCGACUACUCCAACGGCCACAACGUCGUGGAGGUGGCGCCCUUCAAGGCCAGUAAGUACGUCGUCUCCAAUGCCGAGUUCUUUGCCUUCAUGAAGGCGGACGGCUAUCGGCAGCAGAAGUACUGGGACGAGGAGGGCUGGAGCUGGGUGCAGUGGAAGAAGCCAGAGCACCCGUGGUUCUGGGUCCGCGAUGAGUCUCGCUCGAGCGGGUACGCGCUGCGCUUGCAGACGGAGGUGAUUGACCUGCCGUGGGACUGGCCGUGCGAGAUGAACAACCUCGAGGCCCACGCCUUCUGCUCCUUCAAAAGUGAGCAGCUGGGCAAGAAAGUUCGUUUGCUGACCGAAGCAGAGUGGACGCUGUUGUUCGACCGGUAUGUCGGGAAAGACAUGCCCGAAUGGGGGCCGAAAGCGCCUGGCAACAUCAACAUGGAGCGCUACCAAAGCAGCUGUCCGGUGAACAAGUUUCAGCACGGUGACUUGUACGACGUGGUUGGCAACGUGUGGCAGCACUGCGCGACGCCGGUGUACCCGUACUCGGGCUUCCGCGUGCAGCCCUUCUACGACGACUUCUCCCUCCCGACCUUUGACGGGCGUCACACGUGCAUGAAAGGCGGCGCGUGGGUGAGCACCGGCAACGAAGCCACGCGCGACGCCCGCUUCGCCUUCCGCCGCCACUUCUUCCAGUACAUCGGCGUCCGCUACGUGGAGGGGCCCGAGGUGGACGCGGCGCUGAGCAAGCGUGGCGCCCUCGGCCUGGACUCCGAGGUGGAUGCCAUCACCGACAUGUGCUUCCGCGACUCCUUACAAGGCACGCCGAACGGCUGCGUCGCCAUCGCCGAGUACGCGCGCCGGAUGUUCGCCGAGCACGCGAAGGUCCCCGCUGCGCGGGCAAUGGAUAUUGCCUGCGGUGCUGGCCGUGUCGCCUUCGAGCUCACCAGCGCGUUCCAACAGGUGAUCGGCGUGGACUACACCUCCCGUCGCCUGAUACCCGCCUUCGCCAUCCGCGAGCGCGGGGAUUGCCAGUACAGCGUGCAGACAGCGGCGAAUGAGGAGCGGGCCGCGCGGACAGUACGCAGCGAUUCGUACUCCUGGGGGCCGACGCGCGAACGUGCGACCUUCUUCCAGGCCGACCCCACCAACCUGCACGCUCACCUGUCGAACUUCUCGCUCGUGGUGUGCUGGAACUGUUUAGAGCGCAGCUACCGCCCGAGUGCCAUCCCGGCCCACCUGCUGAAUCGCAUCGUGAAGGGUGGUCUUCUCGUCAUCGGCGGCGACUACAACUGGGACAACAUCAAGAAAGACGCCGAGGACGCGGGCAUGGUGGACAACACGUACGUGACCGACCGUUUGAUUGCCAGCAAGAGCGACCGUCAGAAGGUGAUCUUCGACCUUCUCGGCGGCAGUGGCGCCGUGGAGCAGGUGGGAGAGAGGGUGUCCAUCCCCGUGGCGUUCCCAACCUCGGAGGACACCGGCGCCAUCCGUGUUCUGCACUUCACCACAUACCGCAAGAAGUGA